ACCAGCCGGUCAGACGAACGGUCUGAGCCGGAAUGUGCGGACGCCUGGUUGAUUGUAGCGCACAGAGCGUGGUGGACGACUGCGCAUGGAAGUGAUGAUGUCUUUCCGUUCAAUUUAAAAAUCGGACUGAUUUAGUAUCACUCGGACAACGGAAUCGGUCGGAACUGGGAAUAGUCGAGCGGGAACCCCGGGCGAUAAUCUGCUUAGUGUUCAGUAGAGAAGUACUCUAUAAAUGAGGAAUUAUCAAGUACGGAAAACAACCUCGAGAUAAGGUGCGCGGUUGGAAGCGAUAAUUAGUUGUGCUAACGGAUUACUAGUUACAAAGUGUAAAAAGUAGAGUAUAAACACGGAGAAAAGGCUCAACGCGGUUGCUCUAGAAGUGGUUGCGAUCUGCUAUUAUAUGUUUCACAAAGGAAAUGUUCGAAGAAUGAAGGUUGAAGAAAUAUAUUUCUUAUUGAUUACUAAUGCACGUAGAAGGCACCCAAAAAUCGGUGAUAAGAAAUGUGUAGAAGCAUCUGUUAUCUUAGAAUAAAGGUGAUAUCAACGGAAGUUUUGUGUUUGAAUUCGGCUUCAAUGUCUUAAUGAGGCACGCUGUUAUCAUCCAUCACAAGUGAAUGUUUGUUCUUCUACGAAUCUACUGGAAUCACGAGGCGGUAGAUUAUUGUUUUAACGUCGGAAGAAAAUAUCCGAUCCAGCCACCCUCCACCCAUCACUGCCAUCAUCACUAUUAUCAGUGAACAUCAACCCCACCGGUGACGAGCGCGAUAAUGCUGAUGACUCGGCCGAUGAUGCUAACCGGGAAGCGAGUUCUCCUAGCGCUGGGUGCACUGGUAACGCUAACGCUCAGCUAUGCCAACGGAUUCGCCACGCUGCCCAGCGACAUGACCAAACGGUGCACUCUGGAGCGAUACCAGAAAAUGAUCGGCUACAACUGUGCCGAUCUCAAGCUGAAGGAGAUCCCACAAAAUUUGAAGAGCGGCCUGUUGAUUCUUGACCUUAGCUUCAAUCGCAUUCGUGACCUGAAUACACAUUCGUUUGGUCGAUAUACAGAAGUUAAAUAUCUCUAUCUGUUCGAGAACAUGAUUCAAAACAUCGAAGAAGGGACGUUCAGCGGGCUGGUGAACUUGGAGGCUUUGGAUCUGUCAAAUAACGCAUUGACCACAAUCCCCUUGGAGCUGUUUCGAUUGCCCUUGCUGAGGAACCUGUACGUGGCGUACAACAAUCUGGCAAAUCUAGAAGACGAUCUACUCGUCUUGGAAAAGCCCAUUCGGGCACCGCUGCAGAUCCUCAGUUUAGCCGAAUGUUGGCUGAGGCGGCUUCCAAACUUUGGAAUUCUACCGGACCUGUGGCAGCUGAACAUAUCGUCGAACCCGAUGACGGAUUUAACGAUCGAUCAGUUUUCACCAAUGUGCAACCUUCGUUCGCUGGAUUUGAAUGCAACUAAAAUUCCGCCAUGCUCCUGCCAACUCAUUACAGCCGAAUUGUCAACCCGGCGAACAGUGAUCUACAACAAUCAUCCGAGCUGCUUUGCAGAAUCAACCAGCUGCCUUCAGGACUCCCCCACGACCUCGCCGCCCACCAAAACGGAAGAGUAUCAACAGUGUAUGGAUGUCCGGAAUACUCGGAAGCUGGACACCGAGGCCAAAUCGACUUGGUUCAAAAUAUCCCUCGGGGUGGUUGCCUGUAUUGCCCUGUUCUUGAUCAUCCUCUGCUACUUCCACCGACGGAAUGCAAGAAACCUUAAAGAGAACAGAAAGAAACAAAACAUGUCGAAAAAUGUUACCCCCAUACACAGGAUAAAAGUGCCACCGUCCGACGACGAUCCACCGAAAGUUGUCGAGAACGGCAAUCGUGAUAAACUUAUUACCGACUGUGAUUAGCCGCGAACGCGAGUCGGGAUACUGUCCUCCGCAUACUCUGUCCUCACGCAAAGAAGUGCCUUCGUUCGAAUGUGAAGCAAUCUAUUCGAUCAAACAAGACUAACGACUAGGAUUAAGGAAGAACGAGACAACACGUGUAAAUAAUAGCUAAUUCCAUUAGUUUAGCUUAGACUUAGGUUUACUCAAAACAAUCACCUCAUAGUUAGAACAAUACAGUACAAUAUUAUUAUUGCCAGUUUAUAAAUUGAUCAAAAAACUUGCCACCUACUUUUAUUUAGUUUCUCCGUUUGAGAAUAGUAUAUGUAAAUGUGCGCAAAAGAAAUGAAUAAACAUUUGCCAAGAUUUAAA